AUGGAACAAACAUCAUUAGCUAAGGUGGAUAGAUUUAAAUGCUUAUGGACAGCUAAUAAGCAUCAAGUAAGAAAACGAUGGCAUGAUGGCAUACUUCAUUUUCAUACAUUUAAUUUUCGUGCAAUGCUUUAUGAUGAAGCCAAUGUAUUAGUAGAUGAUCUAUUUAUUUCAAAACAACAUAUUACGUCUGGAGAUGAGAUAGAAUUUGAUAACCAUUUAGUUAUAAUUGAAGAUGCUUUAGAAGCUAUUUAUUCCGAUAUAUCAUCUUUGUAUGUACGUCAUCAAAAACGAAGAAUAAAAGAAACGGAAAAACCGUUAAAAAUACGAAACUUAAAAAAGUGUUUAAAAGAACAAACUCAACAUGACUUGCCUUCUAUUAAUACUUUGUAUACCCUUACAAAAAAGACAAAGACAAAAACAAAAACUCAAAAGCAACCCGUUAACCCUUCAUGUACGAGCUUAAAAAAAGAAGAAACGUUGGAACUAGAAUGUCAAAAAAAAAAAGAACAUAUAAAUGAAAAUAUAAAUGAAAAUAUAAAUGAAACAUUCAUAUCAGAUGAUGAAGCAUAUGAUUUAUUUUCUCAAUAA